AUGAAUUUGAGUAUGCGGAAUGUGAUCCGUUACGCGAGUUCUCGUCUGUACAAAGACCUGAGGAUGUUGGUAUCUGAACGGGAACGAACCAUUGCCGCACUUGACAAUGCCACACAACACACUUUUUUGAAUUCGAUCAGUAUCAUGAGUCAACGCUAUCAACAGCGAUUUGUAAGUAAAUUAUUGGAGAAUAAAAUCGAUUUGGAUGUUCGUAUUGAUAAUAUAUGGCAAAAAUUGACUCGAGUCGAGAACACGUCCACACUGAGUCCAGCACAGAUAGAUUGGCUGUUCAGUGUGCCGUACAGUACCCUUCUCAGAACUCAUUGUAUGAUUACAGCACAACAACCACAACAGUUUCAUAUGAAUAUUGAUAUGGUAAACCAACCAGCAAUAUCUUCGUAUCAGUUGCAACAAUUAAAAGCAACUGAACGCAAUAUGCGUCAACGGAUUAAUGAUCAACUACAAGCUUAUCAUCAUCAACGUCUUUAUAAUAACAAUGCUAAAUUCAAUAAUAUUGAUAAUAAGAAUGAUCCAAAGCGCUUGUUAUAUUCAAUUCCGCCACCGAUGCAUAUCCCUCCUCCAACGCUCCUCUAUCAAGGUGCCAGUUUAAUGGCACCACCCCCGCCCGGACCACUACCCAUCCCUCCACCACCCUAUCCAAAUUAUCACUAUCAUUAUCACCAACAUCACCAUCAAUUUUCAAAAGCUUUACCAGUCCACUUCGUUUUGAAUUGA